ACGCCCUGCUGCAGAAUGUCAAAAGAUCUGCCUGUCUUUCAUAAGGGAACAGAGAAGCCAGCCUUUCCCGGCCGCCUGCGCUGCUCCUGGCCUGGUCGGGGCCCCCCAAGAGUUCCACCUGGGAGCGUUCCGCUUUGUUCCGGUCAGCGCAGAAGAACCCAGGGAGCCUCGGGUUCUGGAUCUGCUGGGAGAUGUGGUUGCUCAGAGCCAAAGCAGGCUGGAGGUGGUGUUGGGGGCCCCAGCCAGUCUCCUCCCUCCUGCCCUGGAUUAAAAGGAGCAGGUCCUUCCCCUCCCUGCCCAUGUGGGAGCAGCUGCUUGGCUUGCCUGGGAGCCAGGGCCCUGCGGUGGCAGGCAAGGCAGCCGGGGAUGGCAGAGAACGGGGCAGCGCCACAGGACAAAGUCCUGACUCUGGACUCCAUGAACCCCCACGUCCGGAAGGUGGAGUACGCCGUGCGAGGACCCAUUGUUGCCCGGGCCACCCAGCUGCAGAAGGAGCUGAAGCAGGGAGCCAGGAAGCCCUUCACCGAAGUGAUCGCAGCCAACAUUGGGGAUGCUCAAGCUAUGGGGCAGAAGCCCAUCACUUUCUUGCGCCAGGUCAGCGCCCUCUGCCUGUAUCCCGACCUCCUAAAUUCCCCCGAGUUUCCUGAAGAUGCGAAGCAGAAAGCUCGGCGGCUGCUGGCUGCGUGCGGAGGGCAGAGCGUGGGGGCCUACAGCGCCAGUCCCGGGAUCGAACUCAUCCGCCAGGAUGUGGCUGCCUUCAUUCAGCGCCGGGAUGAGGGGAUUCCCUCCAACCCAGAGAAUAUCUACCUGUCUACGGGCGCCAGCAAUGCCAUUGUGACCAUCCUGAAGCUACUGGUCGCAGGGGAAGGGCGUUCCCGUACAGGUGUGAUGAUCCCCAUUCCCCAGUACCCGCUCUACUCGGCGACGCUGGCAGACCUCAACGCGGUGCAGAUCAACUACUACCUGGACGAGGAGAACUGUUGGGCUCUGAACACUGAGGAGCUGCGGAGGGCACUGGUCCAGGCCCGGGAACAUUGCCAGCCCCGCGUCCUCUGCGUCAUCAACCCGGGCAAUCCCACUGGUCAGGUCCAAAGCCGCAAGUGCAUUGAGGAAGUCAUUCACUUUGCCUGGGAGGAGCAUCUCUUCCUCAUGGCUGAUGAGGUUUACCAGGACAACGUCUACGCAGAGGGCUCCAAGUUCCACUCCUUCAAGAAGGUGCUUUUUGAGAUGGGUCCCAAGUAUUCGCGGAGUGUGGAGCUGGCCUCUUUCCACUCCAUCUCGAAGGGCUUCAUGGGCGAGUGUGGCUUCCGUGGAGGUUACAUGGAAGUGAUCAACAUGGAUCCAGCAGUCCAGCAACAGCUGACCAAGCUGGUCUCCGUCCGGUUAUGCCCACCGGUGACUGGCCAGAUUCUCCUUGAUGCCAUGGUCAACCAGCCGCAGCCUGGAGACCCUUCCUACCAGCAGUUCAGCCAGGAGAAGGCUGCUGUUCUGGGCGCUCUGGCCAGGAAGGCCCAGCUGACUGAGGAGAUCUUCAACCGGGCUCCUGGGAUCCACUGCAACUCGGUGCAGGGGGCCAUGUACGCCUUCCCCCGAAUUGAGCUCCCCCCUCGCGCUGUGCAGGACGCCGAGGCACAGGGCCAGGCUCCGGACAUGUUCUUCUGCCUCAAACUGCUGGAAGAGACGGGUAUCUGCGUGGUGCCCGGCAGCGGCUUUGGCCAGAAAGAAGGCACCUUCCACUUCAGAAUGACCAUCUUGCCUCCCCAGGAGAAGCUGGAGAUCCUGUUGCAGAAGCUGAGCCAGUUUCAUGCCAAGUUCACCCAGGAAUAUUCCCAGCGCCAGCUGUAGCGUGAGACAGAAAGGCCAGCUGUAGAGAAGCUAGGGCAUUGGGGUGGGGAUCACCCUCUAGUCUUCAUGCCACCUUCAGGGUUUAUGAGCACCCUCAGCCCCGUCCUUGUCCCAUCUCCAUUUAUUAAAGAAAAGGCAGGGGAAGGCUUGGAGCACAGACUGGGUGUUGGGGAACAUUGCCAACUAUGCCUGACCUCGAAUGGCACACUUAGGGAUCUGCAGAUGGGUGUCUCCUACAAGCAAGACCUGGGCAACUUUGGGCACCAGCUACCUUGAGCAAUUUGAGGUCAUCAAGCCAAGUUGCUGUCUCCUGGGAGUUGGCUUGCUGACUCCUCCACAUUCAUGGGCUCGGCCCUAGCCCUAGCCCAUAACGCCAGUCCUGCCGUCUAACUCAGGGCCCCAGCACCGACGUGCCUUCGUGCUCUCAGUUCCCCACUGGGGCUCCUCUGCUCCUUUCGUGGACGUUGCAGCUGUGCUGGGUGUCUGCUGGGUCAGGGAGGUUGCCAUCCAUUUCACCUGGGACAGACACCAUCAAGACAGGUUUCCAGGCUGAGGUAGCCCUGAAGUCUUUUCUGAAAUGAACAUCGUGCCUUGGUGGAACAGAGGGCCAGUGCUCCCUCCACAUUUCUGUGAAUGUGAAAGGGGGCUGCAGAGGAUCAAUAAAACCUACUUGAUAAAUA